AGUGGGUCUGGGGCGGCGGGGUCCGUUCCAGGACCGAGCGGGUUUGUACCAGCGCGCCGGGCUCCGCCGGCUGCCGUGGGGUCCCGGUUCUCCUGGGUGGCUGGGGGUAUGGGGACCGCCCCGUGAGGACCCUCCCCGGUCGACCUCCAGGACUGCAUCUCUGGGGCUCCUGGAAGAGAAGGCUCUAAAAUAGGGAGAGUUGCUAACUCUGCGUGAGGACCGGGCUUUUUCACCUUCGAGGACCGCCUAUUCAGAAGCACCUCAGCCUUCAGAGAGAUACCGUUGCGUGAUUUUGAUCAGGAAUGAAAUCUGAAAGCUAAGAGCAGAAGCCUUUUUGGUCAACAUGGAGGACAAAAGACGGCGAGCCCGAGUGCAGGGAGCCUGGGCUGGCCCCGCUAAGAGCCAGGCCACUGCUCAGCCAGCUACCACUGCUAAGAGCCAUCUCCACCAGAGACCUGGUCAGACAUGGAUGAACAAGGAGCAUCAUCUUGUGGACAGACAGUUUGUGUUCAAAGAACCCCAGCAGGUAGUACGCAGAGCCCCAGAGCCACGAGUGAUUGACAAAGAGGGUGUGUAUGAAAUCAGUGUAUCACCCACAGGUGUAUCUAGGGUGUGUUUGUAUCCUGGCUUUAUUGACCUAAAAGAAGCCGACUGCGUAUUGCAACAGCUUUGUGAGGUCAUUCCCUGGAAACAGAAAACUGGCAUCAGAGACGAUGUAACUUACAAGCAACCAAGACUUACAGCAUGGUAUGGAGAACUUCCUUACACUUAUUCAAGAAUCACUAUGGAACCAAAUCCUCACUGGCACCCUGUGCUGCGCACACUGAAGGACCAGAUCGAAGAGAACACCGGCCAUACCUUCAACUCCUUGCUCUGCAAUCUUUACCGAAGUGAGAAGGACAGUGUCGACUGGCAUAGUGACGACGAACCUUCCCUAGGGAGAUGUCCCGUCAUCGCUUCCCUGAGCUUUGGUGCCACACGCAGUUUUGAGAUGAGAAGGAAGCCACCACCAGAAGAGAACGGAGACUACACGUAUGUGGAAAGAGUGAAGAUACCCUUGGAUCAUGGGACCUUGUUAAUCAUGGAAGGAGCGACACAAGCUGACUGGCAGCAUCGAGUGCCCAAAGAGUACCACUCUAGAGAACCAAGAAUAAACCUGACCUUUCGGACAGUUUAUCCAGACCCUGGAGGGGCGCACUGGUGAUGUGAAAUCUUAGAGAGAAGCUGUGCUGAGACUGAGCCAACCUUCCGCUAUAAAGAAACUUCCAGAGGCUGGUCCAGCUGAUCUCGUGGGGUGGCUGUUUGGAAGACAAGGAUGAGAUUUGCUUCCCAGCCUUGGAGUCCUGUUAAAUGACAGCCAGCAGUUCAUGUUCAUACUGUGUUUACUGUGGGAACAGUACUCCCUAAUCACAUCUUGAAAUCACGUAUUUUCUUUAGGCAAAUUAAAAACUGUUGUGGCUGUGCUCACGGGUGAUUUUGUCCAUAAGCAGUUUCUCUCCUGCCCUCCCUGCUUCAUUUGAGGCAACAUGAAUGGGCUUUGCCUCCAGGGUAAACGCGCACGUGUUUGUUCCUUGUGACUUC